AUGCUGAAGUUUAUCAAGAUGGACAUCACAGCGUGGUUGCAAUUAUUUAUAAUAAUAUUUGGAUUACUCGUAUCGUCCAGUUCAUGUUGCAAAACGGACACGUUUCAGGAUACUUUGGGUUAUAUAAAAUCACGCACAUCAUCAGAAGUUCAGGCAAAAGCAGCUAAAGAUGUCGCAGAAAGAUUGUUGGGUAAAGAGAUAUCUAAAUUGUUUAUUAUGAUGGUGGAUACCGACUUGGGGCCUAUUGGCAAAGAUACUUUUAAGAUAACAAAAAAUACUCUAGGCGAAAUCGAAAUUCGCGGCACUUCCGGAGUGGCAAUUACAUGGGGGUUGCAUUAUUACUUAAAGAACUAUUGCAAUGUUCAUAUAUCAUGGGACGGUGCACAAAUUGAGUUACCGAACACUCUGCCGGAAGUCCAAGUUAAAAUUAUAUCAAACGACAGAUUCAGAUAUUAUCAGAACGUAUGCACAGUGGGUUAUAGUUCGGCUUGGUGGCAGUGGCACCAAUGGGAAAAAAACAUCGAUUGGAUGGCCCUUAAUGGGAUUAAUCUUGCCCUAGCCUUUAGUGCACAAGAGGCGAUCUGGCAAAGGUUAUAUCAAGAAUUAAAUCUAACAAAAGAAGAGAUCGAUGAACAUUUGGGUGGACCUGCUUUCUUACCCUGGGCGAGGAUGGGCAAUAUUCGUGGCUUUGGUGGACCGUUAUCAACAAAUUGGCAUAAUUACACUAUACGUCUACAACACCAGAUUCUACAGAGAAUGAGAGAUCUCGGAAUCGUUCCGGUACUACCGGCAUUUGCUGGUCAUGUGCCGCGAGCUUUUGCCAGACUUUUUCCAAACGCUAAUAUGACGAAGAUCAAUCCGUGGAAUAAAUUCGAAGACAAAUAUUGCUGUCCUUAUUUGUUAGAACCAACGGAUCCAUUAUUUCGCACUAUUGGGGAAAAAUUCCUUCGAAUGUACAUCGAUGAGUUUGGUACCGAUCAUAUUUAUAAUUGCGAUACUUUUAACGAAAAUGAACCCAGCAGCAAUGAACUUACCUACUUGAGGAACGUCGGGAAUUCGAUUUUCUCGGCCAUGAACGCAGUCGAUUCGAAAGCAAUAUGGUUAAUGCAAGCUUGGCUGUUCGUGCACGACAACGUAUUUUGGACGAAGUCCAGAGUGAGAGCUUUUUUGACCUCCGUACCCACGGGACGAAUGUUGGUGUUAGAUCUACAGUCAGAACAAUUGCCACAAUACGGCCGUUUCAAAUCUUAUUAUGGUCAACCAUUUAUUUGGUGUAUGCUGCAUAACUUCGGUGGCACCUUGGGAAUGUUUGGCUCCGCGCAAAUUAUUAAUCAGCGCACGUUCGAAGGCAGAAACAUGAAUGGCAGUACUAUGGUGGGAACCGGUCUGACACCCGAAGGUAUCAAUCAAAACUAUAUAAUUUAUGAACUAAUGAAUGAAAUGGCGUAUCAUCACGUGCCUGUUGACCUUGACAAUUGGUUUGAAAGUUAUGCUACUCGAAGAUAUGGCGCAUGGAAUGAGUAUGCGGUAGCUGCUUGGCAAUACCUCGGCAGAACAGUUUAUAAUUUUGACGGCACGCAAAAGAUCAGGGGACAUUACGUUAUUACCAGACGACCGAGUUUAAAUAUUUUAUCACGGAUCUGGUAUGAUCGAAAAGAUUUCUAUGUUAUGUGGAACACGUUUCUAAAAGCGAGAUAUGGUAGAGGAAAUAAUACUCUCUACAGACAUGACGUAGUUGAUAUAACCAGACAAGCUCUCCAACUAAUAGCCGACGAUAUUUACAUGGAUGUAUUAGAUUGUUAUAAGAAAAAGAAUAUCACUGCUUUUCAAUCGUCCGCGAACGCUUUGUUAAAACUUUUCGACGAUCUUGAAUCUAUUCUGGCAUCAGGAAAUAAUUUUUUACUCGGCACCUGGCUAGCUCAGGCGAAAGAUAUCGCCGUCAACGAGGAGGAAAAACGAUCUUAUGAAUAUAAUGCAAGAAAUCAAAUUACCCUGUGGGGUCCAAAUGGUGAGAUCAGAGACUAUGCGAAUAAACAAUGGUCAGGAGUGGUGGCAGAUUACUUUAAGCCCAGAUGGGAGCUUUUCCUAAAAGCCCUCGAGAAAUCAUUGAUCCAAAGAACCAAGUUCAACAUCACCGAGAUUAAUAACAGAAUAUUUCAUGAAGUCGAACAGUCUUUCACUUUUUCCACAAAGCUUUAUCCAGUAGAAACAAAAGGUAUUUAUUUAUUGAUAACAAUUUUUCGUAAACAUUACAUCAAUAACCCUCGUUCAAUCAAGGUGAUACUAUUGACAUAG